AUGGGCGGCGGCGGGAUGAUGGGGGGUAGGGACGGCGGUUACGACAACCCCCCGGCGUCGAGCGAGGGCCGCCCGCGCCUGCAGCUGCAGAGCCGCAAGGCGCCCCCGCCGUUGCCGCCGAUGGGUUCCAAGGAAGACAAGGCGGCGGCGGAGGCGGCGGCACCGGCACCGGCCCCUGCUCCCAAGCCGGCCGGGCCGAGAGCAAACCCGUUCGGGGCGGCGCAAGCGGUAGACACCACCCAGAAGGACAAGGAGAUCGAGGCGAAGGUCGAGGCCGCGAGACAAACGUCCUUCCGCCGUAGGGACGAGGCCGUUCGCUCAAGCAAGCCUGCGGAGGGAGGCGGCGAGGACGGGGGCGCGACUGCUGAUGAUGAUGGCGCAGCGGGAGAAGAUGCUUCUCCCGCUACUGCGGCGAUGGAGGACGGCACAACCAAGACGGCGGCCGACGCUGAGGGCGACGAGAGCGAGCCCGCCGCCGCCGCACCGAAGGAAGGCGACACUGCCGGGGAGGAGGACGGCAAGCCGAAGGCGGAGCCGGCCAAGCCUGUCGGAAGAUGGGCGGCCCUCCGAAGGGAGGGAGGGGGAGACGACAGGAACGCCGCGCCGGCCGCGGGGGGUUUCUCAAGGAGGGAUCGCGACGAAGACCGCAGAGGUAGCGGCGGCGGCGGGUUCGACGGCCGCGGCGGCGGUGGCGGACGCGACGGGGAACGGCCGUCUUUCGGGAGGAGAAACGAGGGCGACUCCGCCGGCGGCGGCGCGGGUGGCGGGUUCGGCGGUGGCAGGGGUAUGGAGCGAGAGCCUUUCCAGCCCCCGGCGCCUCCCGCGGGCAACGCCUUCGCCAAGCGCUUCGGCUCUAACUUCGACCGCGACUCGGAGCGAUACCCGCGUCCCAACGCCGGAGGCAUGGGUGGCGGUGGCGGGUUCGACCGCAGAGACGAUGACCGACGUGGUGGAUUCGACCGUCGAGAUGACGACCGCCGCGGCAGCGGCGGGAGCGGGGGAGGCUUUGACCGGCGUGACGACAGCGGCGGCCGCAUGGGGGGACGGGGGGGCUUCGACCGACCAGACGACCGACGUAGCGGAGGCAUGGGCGGGGGCGGCUACGACCGUAGGGACGAAGGUCGCGGGGGCGGCAUGGGAAUGGGCAGCUCUAGGUUCAGCAGGGACAGCCACGACGACGGUGGCGGAGGGGGCGCCUACCGUCGGCCGGGCGCCGGCUCCCCCGAGGCGCGGGCGAGCCCCCUCGCUCGCCCGUCCGGCGGCGGCGGCUUCAAAGGUGGUCGAGAUUCGUCGACGUCGCCGACAGCGGCGUCCCUGUCCAAGAUGUCAAUCAAGGAGCCCAAGAAGGAGGUAGCCGCCGCCGCCGCGGCGCCGGUGGAACCAAAACCCGAGCCCGAGCCGGUGCCGGAGCCGGAGCCGGAGGAGCCGAAGGAAGACCCCGUCGAGGUCGCGCGCGCGUCGGCGGCGGAGGCGCUGGCGAGCGGGAAGCGCGGCAAGGACCUCAAGGAGUUCGUGCUGGCGCAAGAGAAGCGGACGACCGCGGGCGCGCUGCUCGCCGCGGCCCUCGAGGGCACGGCGUCCCCCGAGGACAUGAAGUGGAUGGGGAAGGACGAGUUCGGACCGGCGCUCACGGCGCUGUCGACGGGCAAGGACAGCACGCAGCAGCAGAUGGGCAUGAUCUAUGCGGUCGUGGCCAAGUGCCACCAGCUGGGGUUCCCGAAGAUCGGGGGGGCCGCGGUCGUGCAGACCAUCUUCAUGGGCAUGUACAACGACGACCUCUGCGAGGAGGAAGCCUUCAUCGAGUGGAAGGACGACGUGGACAGCACUGCCGAGGGUCGCAUGAAGGCCGUGAUGCAGACCACGCCAUGGUUCGUUUGGCUGGAGUCUGUGGAAGAGGAGGAGGACGAAGACGAAGAAUAAUGAGUUUAAAUCUCCAGUUUGCACCGGAUGUUCGCGAGGCGUAACGCCUGCUUGGUCGACGAAAUCUCGAAAGUGCACUUUGCCGGGGUGAUUUUUGUGUGUGGAGUUUUUGGAGACCAACGCCGUCUUAGUCGUGGGAAUUGUCUCUCAAGUGGUGGAUGAGUGCAAACGCCAUUCAGUCGGGCGAAUCUCCGAGAUGCUUUUGUUUUGUUGUCGUGAUAACAGGGGAGACUACGCGUGUGUACCAGUAAUCUGAGACUGACUCAAGCAGCUCCAAUGAUUGUGAUUGCCGGGAUUUCGGUGGAGUUUGUUGUCUCCCUCUCGGAGCUCGUGUUCUUGUGGUAUCAUGUUUAUUCAUUGCUCGUCUUUCGCAAGACAUAUUUUCUUGUUUGGGGAGGGUGGGCGCGGGGGG